CUAGGACUACACAAAUGCGGAUAAUCCAUUUGGUGACCAUCACUUGCUGGACAAGUUUGUAUGGCAGAAGUACCCCUUCUCCAUGUGCAAUAAUCUUACAUAAAAGUCAAGCGAGUUUGAUCUCCAUUCAACAUCUCCGUAUUCAUGUGUGCACAGAAAGCAGCUAUGAAGAUUUCAGCACUCAAAAGCAACAAAAUCAGUGGAAAUGAAAUAUACGCUUGUACACGACCUCAUAUUAGAAUUUGCACACAAAUUGAUGGCAUUAUUGUAAUGUAUCCAAGGCUUCAAAGCUUUGUUCCGUAGUCGUAGUAAUUGUUUGCCAACUAAGGUAACAAACUAAGGUAAUGCUGUUGUUGUGGCACAGAAAAGGGAGGUGGAGUCAACAGGAAAACAAAUAACGAAAGAGGAGCUAGAAAAAAGAGAGAGACUGAAACAAGAAGAACUGAGGAGGGAGCUGCAAAAAGUCAAAAUGAGGAGACUUGAAAGAGAGAAGGAGAGAGAGGCCAGAGAAGAAGAAGCAGUGUUACUACAGAGGCUCAAAGAAGCAGAGCAAUUUAAGGAAUGGGAGGCACAGGAAGAUAUGUUUCACCUUGAGCAAGCCAAAUUACGGUCUAAGAUACGAAUUGAAUCUGGAAGGGGUGAGCUCAUUGUACUAGUGCUCUAUGUUGGUCUGCUAAAUACGUACAUACCUUUGAUGAGUUAGCUCAUGUAACUGCACUGUAUAAGGAGACAUUUAUUAGCCAAGCCAAGAUUUAUUAGUGAUGCUGGAGCUGAAGAGUGGGUUUUUUUAAUGGUGUGUCACAAAUCCAUCCCCCUGCCAUAAUUAUAUAUGUGUAGCAAAUCCUAUUGACCUGCUGGCUAAAUAUGCUAACAUGACUGAGGAAGAUGUGGAUAUUGAGAUCCAGGAACCCUACAACCUCCUCAAGGGAUUGAAUGUAGCCGAUCUUGAAGAUCUGCUUGAGGAUAUUGAAGUUUACCGUACUAUUGAGAAAGAAACCAAUCUUGAAUUCUGGAGGGACAUUAUGGUAGUGUGUGAGGAUGAGAUUGAAAAGUUAAAAAAGCUCGAAAGAAGCGAAAGAGGUGAGAGUGCAGCUGAAAGAAGAGGAGGCAUCAAUGAAAGUGUCACUUCCGAUGUAUCCUCAAUCUUCAAGGGGAAGGAUUACGGUGAAUUGGUCCAAUUAGAAGCAAAAAUCAAAUCAAAAAUAACUGGAGCUGAUGGUGGAACUGAUGUGGGCUACUGGGAGUCAUUAUUGCAGCAGCUCAAUGCUCACAUGGCCCGGGCGCGGCUGAAGGCAAAGCACCAGGCUAUGCUAAGAAGAAAACUCUGGCAGCUCAAGCAAGAGCAAGCUGAAGAGUUUGGAGUAGCUGGAACUCCACUGUUUCCGAGUGCAGAAGGUAUCAAAACAGAGGCUGAGGACUCGAGAACACUGGAGGAAGGCAAGGUAUCUGAGGGAGAAGACACACAAGAAAGAAAGCAACCUGAGGCUCCAUGUGAAGAGGCUGGUUCUAGUGCUGGGGUGUCAGGAACAAAAGCACAAGAGUCAGAAACUCUCAUUGCUGAAGAGGACUUGCUGGAACAAGCAUACCUGGAUUAUGAGAGUGGAAGAUACAGUCCAAAACUGUUCAAAACUAUGGAUUUUUCAGAGGAACAUGUGGUAACUGCUGAGGAGGAUAGUGCUAAAAGAGUGGCAAACAGAGAGAGAGUUCUUUCUGGAGAAACGCUGGUGAGUGACUACAGUGAAAUUGAGAUGCAGAGGAAGGUGGAUACAGAUGGUAUUGCCACUGAGGAGUAUAACUUCAACUCUGAAGUUACCAUAGAACAUCAAGAUCUGCUGUGGAAAGAAAAGUAUCGGCCAAGGAAACCGAGAUUCCUGAACAGAGUUCACACUGGGUUUGAGUGGAACAAGUAUAACCAGACUCAUUAUGAUACAGACAACCCACCCCCUAAGAUUGUCCAGGGAUACAAGUUCAACAUCUUUUUCCCUGAUCUUAUUGAUAAGAGGAAAACUCCAACGUAUUCCUUAAAACCUUGUCAGGACAAUAAAGACUUUGCCAUUUUGAGGUUUCAUGGUGGCCCCCCUUAUGAGGAUAUUGCUUUUAAGAUAGUAAAUAGGGAGUGGGAGUACUCGUGGAAACAUGGGUUCAAGAGCCAGUUCAACAACAACAUACUGCAGUUGUGGUUCCGUUUCAAGAGGAACAGAUACCGUCGAUAACUAUUUACAUCUAGCAUUAUUCACUGUAAUAAUAUGUACAUUUUCAAUGAACCUUUUGCUUCUUGUUUGCGUACUAUCGU